AUGGAAGAAGAGUGGCUCAAUACACUAAAGCAAGGUAAGUGUCUUGCUGAAAGCGAUCUGUUUAAUCUCUGCGAGAAAGUCAAGUCAAUACUCAUGGAAGAAAAUAAUGUCCAGCCAGUUUCAGCUCCUGUGAUAAUCUGUGGAGAUAUCCAUGGACAAUUUUACGACCUUCUCGAACUUUUUAGAGUAGGAGGCCCAAUCCCUGAAAAAAACUAUAUUUUUAUGGGCGACUACGUCGAUCGUGGCUAUAAUUCAGUAGAAACAUUUGAGUUCCUCAUGGCCCUAAAAGCCAACUAUCCACAAAGCAUCACAUUACUCAGAGGCAACCACGAAAGCAGACAAAUUACACAAGUUUAUGGCUUUUAUGACGAAUGCGUUCGGAAAUACGGCAAUGCAAACCCCUGGAAGUACUGCACAGAGGUCUUUGACUACUUAAAUAUAUCAGCAGUGGUAGAAGACAAAAUUUUAUGCGUGCAUGGUGGAUUGUCGCCUGAAAUAAAGACGAUUGACCAAAUUAGGGUAAUAGAAAGAAAAGUUGAAAUUCCUCAUGAAGGGGCAUUUUGCGAUCUUAUGUGGAGUGAUCCUGAAGAUAUUGAAACUUGGUCAAUGAGUCCAAGAGGCGCUGGAUGGAUUUUCGGAUCAAAAGUGACUGAAGAAUUUAACCAUAUUAAUGGUCUCAAUUUAAUAUGCAGAGCACACCAGCUCGUGCAAGAAGGGUACAAGUUUUGGUUUCCUCUUCAGAAUUUAGUCACAGUUUGGAGUGCUCCGAACUAUUUUUAUAGAUGUGCUAACCAAGCAGCUAUUUUGGAGGUUUCAGAGGAUUUAUCAAGCACUUUUAAAAUGUUCACAGAAGUCCCGGAGAGUGCUAAAAGCAUCCCUCCUAGAUCUGUCGUUCCGUAUUUUCUUUAA